AUCUGGGAAGCAAAAAUAUUUUAGUUUUAGAGUUGCAUCUAAUGGAAAAGGUGCAUGUGAGUAUUAAAAAAAAACUUCAAUUUGAUGUUUUAUAUAAAAAAAAUAUUAAAACACCCAACGAAAUAUGAGUAUUCAACGUAAAAUCAAUUAGCAACAACUUUGAGUAGACUUGUUAUUAAGCAAGACAUUUAAAGUGGUCGUUUACAGACAAACAUUGCGAUAGGCAGUGUAAACGGCUUCGUCAAGAGACUCCAAAUUCCAGUGAGAAAAUUGGUUAAACAGGCAACACCUCACCCUUUCUAUGUUUUUCUUACAAUCAUGAACAACCCCAUCAGCAACAACCCUAAUAAAACUCUCACUCCUCUUCUCCUUCCCCUUUUUCUCCACAUGAUAACCAUACACAUGGCCGGGGCCUCACCGCCAAUCUACGUUCCGUCUGAACAAAUCACCCUUCAAUGUGGCUCCUUCGGUACCAAUUUCGGCCAAGACAACCGACUAUGGGAUGGAGAUAUUGACACAAAUUUUCCAUUCGAGAACCAAGCAGCUGGUAACAAAUCCAUAAGCAAAGAAGCACCUUCUCCCUCUUCUUCCGGCCAAGUGCCUUACGGCACAGCAAGGCUUUCCCGCUUUGAAUUUACCUACACAUUUCUACUCUCUUCCGGCCCAAAGUUCAUCCGCUUGCAUUUCUACCCAGCUUCAUACGCCCCCAACUUCGACCGAUCCCAAGCCGUCUUCUCAGUCAAAGCCGACAAACAUUGCGAUAGGCAGUGUAAACGGCUUCGUCAAGAGACUCCAAAUUCCAGUGAGAAAAUUAAAGAAGCACCUUCUCCCUCUUCUUCCGGCCAAGUGCCUUACAGCACAGCAAGGCUUUCCCGCUUUGAAUUUACCUACACAUUUCCACUCUCUUCCGGCCCAAAGUUCAUCCGCUUGUAUUUCUACCCAGCAUCAUACGCCCCCAACUUCAACCGAUCCCAAGCCCUCUUCUCAGUCAAAGCCGGUGGCUUUACCCUUCUCCACGACUUCAACGCUUCAGCCACGGCUGAUGCUUCUGCCUCGGAUACUAUAUACAGAGAGUUCUGCCUCCACACUGAGUCAGGACAGGAUUUGAGUAUCAGCUUCACUCCAAGCAAAGCAAGCCCAGAUGCCUACGCGUUUAUCAAUGGGAUUGAAAUUCUCUCCAUGCCCCCAUAUCUUUACUACACUUCACCCCGGAGCCCAGAUGGGGUUGCUUAUGUAGGCAGCGCAAAAACGAUUCGCAUCGAGAACAACACUGCUCUGGAGAUGGUGUACCGAAUCAAUAUCGGUGGCCAAGGACGGAUCUAUUCCGAUCAGGACACUGGUAUGUACCGCAAUUGGGAUGGUUUGCGAGACGAGUACAACUACUUAGACGAUUUAAGUAGGAAGUAUAGUAUUUUACCGCAAAACAGUAGCAUUCAGCUUAACUUUUCUAAAAUACCAGAGUACUCUGCUCCGAAAGAAGUUUACCAAUCAGGCCGCUCAAUGGGCGAGAGUCCCAGCGGGACCAUAACCGACAGGUACAAUCUCACCUGGGAAUUCCCUGUGGAUUCAAUGUUUGCUUACUUGGUUAGGCUUCAUUUUUGUGAGUUUGAUGAUGUAGUGACGGUGGGAGACCGGGUAUUUAACAUCUACAUCGCCAAUCAAUCCGCUGAGAAAAUGGCGGAUAUAAUCGAGUGGAGUGGUGGAAAUGGAAGACCAGUGUACAGAGACUACGCUGUGUUCAUGUCGGGGAACCCUGCAAUCCCGAAGAAAGUCAAUCUCUUUCUUGCACUGGAAUCGGAUUUGUUGAAUGGGUACUGGGUGGCAAUCUUGAACGGACUCGAAAUGUUCAAACUCAGUGCAAAUCGGAGUCUCGCCGGACCAAGCCCUGACCCACCUCCUAUAGCCCCAGCAAAGGGGACACCAUCAAAACCUAGCACCAGAUCAAGAACUCCUUUGCUUGCCACGGUUGUCGGUGUAGCUUGCGGAAUACUUGGAGUCUCUGUCCUUGGGUUCUUGGUUUUUAGGCGGCGGCGGAAAGUCAAGGGCACUGCCUCAGAUGGGUCAUCAUCUUUACCAACACAUUUGUGUCGUUACUUUUCACUGGCGGAGAUCAAAGCCGCCACCCAAAACUUCAGCCAGAGUUUCAUUGUUGGUGUAGGCGGCUUCGGUCACGUGUACAAAGGGCAUAUUGACGGCGGGGCCACUCCCGUUGCUAUCAAACGGCUGAAACCCGACUCAUCGCAAGGAGCCCGCGAGUUCAAGACGGAAAUCGAGCUGCUUUCACAACUUAGACACCGCCAUUUGGUGUCUCUCAUUGGGUAUUGUACUGAUAAAAAUGAGAUGAUUUUGGUGUACGAUUACGUGGCACGUGGAACCCUCGCUGAUCACCUCUACCAAACUGACAACCCACCUCUCUCCUGGGGACAACGGCUCCAAAUUUGCAUUGGCGCUGCGCGAGGGCUGCGCUACCUUCACAGCGAUGCCCAGGGCACAAUCAUCCACCGUGAUGUGAAGAGCACAAACAUUUUAUUGGAUGAGAAAUGGGUUGCCAAGGUUUCGGAUUUCGGAUUGUCGAAAGUGGGCACGGCCACCAUGUCCAAGACCCACAUCAGCACGGCCGUGAAAGGCAGUUUCGGGUAUCUAGACCCGGAAUACUACCGACGUCAACAACUGACGGUGAAGUCCGAUGUGUACUCAUUCGGUGUAGUGUUGUGUGAAGUACUGUGCGCAAGACCAGCUGUGGUGCAUGCAACGGAGACGAGGCAAAUGAACUUGGCUGAGUGGACCAAGAGCUGUCAUCACGACGGGGAACUUGAUCGAAUCAUCGAUCCGAACAUGAAGGGUAAGAUUGAAACCGAGUGUUUGAACAAGUAUGUGGAAAUUGCUAUGAGUUGCAUCCAUGACAGUGGGAUGGAAAGGCCGUCAAUGAACGACGUUGUGAGGGGGCUUGAGUUUGCAUUGCAACUACAUCAGAACUGCGGUGAAAGGAACGAGGAUGCCUUUGCUAGUGUGCCAGGUUGCACUACUAAUGAAUCCGUUCAGUGCAUAUCUGAGACGAUCUUCUCAGAGAUCAACGAUCCGAAUGGAAGAUGAUGAGCAACAUUAGGAGUAAUUUGGCUGGACACAAAGGCUAUGGGUAAGCCUGACCAUGAUAUGAGUAUGUUUUUUCUUAUCUAUUGUGUUUGAACCCAAUUGAAUGCUGAAUCACUUGCACUUAAAACGUGCUUCUA